AUGGGAAGAGGAGUUACGUGGGAUGACAAGCUUGAUGCAAAGUUCUUCCAAAUAAUUCAGAUGGCUAACCCUUUAUUAGAUUGUACGCCGAAGGCCAUUCGACAUCGACUAGCCCGGAUCAAACUGAAAGCUGACCAGGGCAACAGUGCAUCCUCCUCUCCGGCUAAAACCCCAAAUUCCAAAACCGGUGGUGGGCAUGGAAUGAAGGCCAAAAAGCGCAAUGCCAAUGACAUUUUUGAUGAGGAGUCUGGAGAUAUCAAGAAGGUCAAACAAGAACAUGUACAGGAGCCUGACACCGAAGAGUGA